UCUAUCUAGAAAUUUCAGUAAUCACGUGAAAUCAACUGCCAAAAUCAGACCCUUAUCAUUGCCAAUAUUUAACCACAAAACCAGUAAUCUCACCGCCUCAUUUACAAAGCCAAAUUUUCUUUCCAUUUCCAAAUCUUUCAUUCACUCUCACAGUCUCACUACAAAUCUAGAUCACAGAAUAGCAAACCAAAACCAUGUCUUCCACCACAACCAACACAUCUGAUUCUGAAUUCAACUACUCAGAAUCAGACAUCGCCCAAAAAUUCCUCUUCUUCAACGUCCUCAAAGAUGGUCGUAUCCAUGUCUUAUCACCUCCUACCACAAAUGUCCCUCCUUCCUGCAACUCCACCGCCAACGUCUUAACCAAAGACGUUAACAUCUCCGAAUCCGUCUCUGCCCGUAUCUUCCUCCCUUCCUCCGCAUCCACAGCUGACAAACUCCCUGUUCUGCUGUACAUCCACGGGGGUGGCUUCUGCAUGAUGUCCGCCUUCAACGAGGAUUACACACGCUUUGUCUCCCACGUUGCGGCUGAAGCCAACGUCAUUGGCGUAUCAGUUGAGUACGGCCUCUUCCCCACGCGGCCACUCCCCGCAUGUUACGACGACUCAUGGGCUGCGCUCCAAUGGGUAGCGGCUCACAGUAAGGGAGAAGGACCUGAUUCUUGGAUCAAUGAUUACGCUGAUCUUGGCAGAAUCUAUGUUGGUGGAGAUUCUGCAGGUGCGAAUAUAUCUCAUACUUUGUUAGCUAAGGUGGGGUCUAUUGGACUUGGUUAUGAGGGUGCAAAGGUUGAAGGGAUGAUCUUAAUUCAUCCUUAUUUUGGGGAGGAUGAUAAGAUGUGGAUGUAUAUGUGUCCUACAAAUGAAGGACCUAAGGAUCCUAAGAUGAAGCCUGCUGUAGAGGAUUUGGCUAGGAUUGGGUGUGAUAGGGUGUUGGUUUUGUUGGCUGAGAAUGAUGGAUUGUAUGGUGUAGGGAAGAUGUAUACUGAAGAAUUGAUCAAAAGUGGGUGGAAAGGGAAGUUGCAGAUUAUGGAGAAUAAAGGAAAGGAUCAUUGUUUUCAUUAUUCUAAUUAUUUGGAUCUUGAAGCUAUUGCUAUUAGGAAACGGAUUGCUUCAUUUAUCCAUAAUCAGGGUUAAUUGACCAAGACGAGAUUGAGGUGUUGUAAAGUGUGAACUAUAGGUUACAGGUUCGACCCUCUUCCUUUCUUUGUACUGCCUUCGUGGCUCAUAUGGAUAAAAGAAAAAAUUUAAAAAAAUAAUCAGGGUUAAUUAGUAUGGAUCUGGAUGUAUGUAUGAUGAUGGUUGUCUAAUGAUUUCAAUUGGCUAUAUUCAGUGGGCAUUGUUUUUUGUUCUUGUUGUGUAAUAGAAUCAGCUUGGUUCCUGUACCUAUGUGGAAUGUGGCUAUGUAGAUGAAUAUUUUCGUUUA